CAAAGCUCUGAUAGUUCAGGGGGCCAGUGCUUACAGCAGGGGCCUAAAAGAGGCAGCAAGAGCCCAGGAAAAAGGAAAUCGGAGGGAAGUUCCUGCUUGUGCGGCGUGAGCAUGGGAGGAAGAGCAGAAGAGCCAACCGUGUUCUGAAACAAGGAAGAAGGCCGCUUGCCUGCUUUCAUUUCUCUGGUAAAUAUUUGACUGGGUGUUUGCCUUUCCUGUGAGUUUUGUGGGCGCUGUGAAGAGAACUGGGCAGAACACCAGAGGAUCACACGCAGUCAUAACCAAGAGGCUGGAGAAGCUCAACAAACAAUCUAGAGAAGCACAUUGCUCCCCAGGACUGCAGGCGGUGUUUUCCCACCGAGAUGCUGUCCACAAAUGAGAGGACCAGACAGCUGAAUGGCACCUGUGUGGGCUCGGUGGACAUGGAGCUCUUCCUCCAUUACUCCCUCAUCCCAUCACUUUUCAUCAUUUUGGUCUUAUCCUUUCUCCAAAGACGGGAGCACCGUAGGCAGACAGAUGAUACUUCUUACCUCCUGACGAACCACUUUGAAAUCAUCAUACCUCUGGACUUCCUGGGCACUUUUAGUAACCGAUGGUCCUAUGGAAUCGCCUUCGGGGCCACAGCCAAUAAGAUCAUGUUCUUGUUCUCGGAAGGCUACCAGCCCCUGCAGAUCCCGCAGUGGGCCCAAGCCUUUGUGCUUCUGAUUGGAGGCAUCGAAGUUGGCCUGUCCCACCUCCCCUUCUUUGCCUGCCUCUCAUCGGAGUUCCGGCUGGUCAGCUCCAUCCUGGGCUUCAGCUACUCUCUGACCUGGUUUGCUGUCACCAUCCUUCACAUCACACAGUGUCCCCAUGGGCAGUUUUUGGGGAGCUACGAGACCCUUGUGUUCUACUGGCCCACACUGCUGUGCCUGUUCUUCCUGCUGGGCUACUUCCUACACUUGUUUGUCAAGUCUCUGCGGGUCCACCUGGGCUGGGAGCUCCAGACAGGAGAAAAGCCUUUCCUGGAACUUCACCAGGCAGAGCACGUCAAACAGCUCCUGAAGAGGCGUCCCCUGCAGGAGGAAAAAAAGUCUUGGUUCCAAACCAGGAUAUAUGAGUGGGACCCCUGCUUUCAGUUCCCAAGCAGAAUGAUUGGAACCACUGUGUUGGCUUUCAUCUGCCUGUACCUUUUCAUUGUCAUUGAGUUCUGCAUGUUCCUGUAUGUGAGAAACGAGCUGGAUGUGUUUGAAGGCAAGUUGGAGAGCUACCUCACCUCCAUGAACCACACAGGGACCCUGACUCCAAUCAUCCUGCAGGUGAAAGAGCUGAUGAAUGUCACCAAAGGAGUCUGGGUGGUGACCAUUUUGCCUGCCUCCCUCACGUGUGUGAGCUAUCUAUUCCACAUUUUGGCUUGUUAUAGAAAGCACAUGAAGAGGUUGUGGGCAGGAAAUAAACACUUUCUCCCUUUGAAGUUCCAUAAUCCUUCCUCAUCCGAGAGCGUGGUGGCCAUUGCAAGGUACUCUGGCUGGCAGAUAGCCUACAUACUGUGGGGCUACCUCAUCAUCCACGUGGUGCAGAGCCUGGGUGGCGUGAUGUUCAUGUACGGCCUGGUGUUGCCCGUCAUCCACAACCGGGGCCUGGAGGUGCUCCAAGGACUGGGCAUCGGGAUCCUCACCAUAUCCAUCGUCCUGGGACUCAUGAUCCUGCAAGUAUGGAUCGCCACCAGCUUCUUCCUGCAACCAAAGAUGGACACAGCUGACAAGCAGAAGCCCUUGGCACUCAACAACAGGAAAGUGUUCCACAACUUCAACUACUUUCUGUUCUUCUAUAACGUGCUGCUGGGCCUGGGCGCCUGCCUCUCCAGGCUGCUCUUUAGCUGCAUCCUGGGCACGUGGCUGAUCGCCCGCAUUGACAGGACCAUCAUGCAGAGUGGUUAUGAGAGAGCGGACAUGGGGUUCCGUGCAUGGAUUGGCAUGCUAUAUGUGGACCAUUAUCAUACGAACCCCGUGCUCGUCAGCUUUUGUCACCUACUGAUCACGGGCCACAGGGAGCGGCGGCUGCAGCAGGCCGUCCAAUACGGGCACCUCAGUCAGUCAUCAGGUGCCCGCGUCUCAGCUAGGUCCAGGACGAGGUGGCUCCUGCUGCAGACCCUGAUCAACAACCCCAGACUGGUCAUGCUCAGAAAAUCGAAAUCAGGACAUGGCUCCCAGGAGUUUAUCCAGAUUCUGCUGACAUGCCCGGAGAGCUGACCCUGACUUCCCACACUGCUCCAAGUCCAUCCCAGGAUGACUGCUCCUAAGAGGAGGCCCAGACUACCCAGCCACUGUCCCUGCAAUGUCAUGGGAUGCACAGCCACUGUCCAUGUAGGUGGCGCACAGCACCAGCCACUCAGGGGACAGCACCUGGGCUGAAUGAUGACCUCUUGCGUCUAAUUCACUCCCUUGGUAAAGAUCAAGAACUAAAGAGAAUCUCUGUUGAACAAACUGCUCAAUCAUGAUUUCUACUCUCCAUGGUUAGGAGGCAGCCUUGGAGGGUUCCAUGUUGAGAAGCACAUAAUUUGAUCACAGGGCAGAACUUUGUGUCCCUGAAGAAGGUGGUAAAAUUUCUAUAUCAGGAGAGUUUAACCACUUGAUGCAAUUUUUCUGUGGAAGAAAGUACGGCUUUAAUUCAACAGGGUCCUCAUUGCUUCCUGCUUUCCAGGCCUCAUGGUGAUGGAAGAGGAGUCCAUGAUCCAGCAUCCAGUCUAGUAGGGUGACCGGCCACCUGCUGAGCUCUCCCUGCCAUGGCCACUGGGAUGAGGGACGGAUCGGAAAUGACCUGGGUCUUGGUCACAGAGAAGAUGUACCGAUUCACUCUGGCAAGCAGGGAUCCCCAGGGAAAACUGCCUGUCUGAGGAGGCAGAGACAGGGUGUGCAGGCAUUCCAGGGGAUGGACAAAAAGAGCAAAGGGAUAGGGGCAGGACAGGUCCAGGCAUGUUUGAGGAGGGUGAGUCUUCUGGUGUCUGCUAUGCAGGGUGUUGGGGGCUGGUAGGCCACCCACGGAGGCCCAGAUGCCAGGCUGGGGAGCCUGGACAUUCCUCUUCGUGCAGAGGGCUCAGGACUUACCCGAAUUCUUCACACCUGAGCAUAAGGUCUCUGAUGGCCGGGACCUGUACAAAGUCUGACCAUUCAGUCACUCAUGAAGCCUGUGUGAGUGCUAGGAGGACCCACCCGCAGCGUGCGGGAAAUCCCUGUCCAUCUCCAGAGCCAUUGGAUCUCAGCAGUGAUUAGUGAGUACCUGCGUAAAUCCAGUUCUGUCGCUAGGUCUGCUUGCCAGGCUGAUUCCUUUUAACUUAAUCUCCACAACGAGGCUUGUCAUUCUGCUUUUAGAAAUAGAAAACUGGGACUCAGAGUGUUGGGAGCCCCACACCACUUCCUAGCUGUGUGACAUUGGCCAAAUUACUUUACCUUUCUGUGCUUCCUUUUCCUUCCAUAUAAAGAGGGGUAAUACCUGCAACACCCCAAAUGAUUUUAAGGAUAGAAUAAGUUAACACAUACAAACACUCCUAAGCUAGUGCCUGAUAAAUCCUAAACUCUCAAUAAAUAUAUUAGUUAUUGCUAUUUGUAAUG